GCUACAAGUGACAAGGAAGAUUCUGUUUUGAAUAUAGCCACAGAAACAAAAGAUGCACAAAUGUCUGGGACAGGCUACAAAUGACAAGAAAGAUUCUGUUUUGAAUAUAGCCACAGAAAUAAAGGAUGGACAACAAUCUGGAACAGUGUCUUCUCAGAAGCAACCGACCUGGAAGGCUGCAAGUGACAAGAAAGAUUCUGUUUUGAAUAUAGCCACAGAAAUAAAGGAUGGACAAAUAUCUGGGACAGUGUCUUCUCAGAAACAAGAAGCCUUGAAGGCUACAAGUGACAAGAAAGAUUCUGUUUUGAAUAUAGCCACAGAAAUAAAGGAUGGAGAAAAAUCUGGGACAGUGUCUCCUCAGAAACAAUCAGCCUGGAAGGUUACAAUUAAAAAGAAAGUUUCUAUUUUGAAUAUUGCCACAAGAAUAACAGGUGGUUGGAAAUCUAGAACAGAGUAUCCUGAGAAUCUUCCCACCUUGAAGGCUACAACUGAAAACAAAGAUUCUGUCCUGAAUACAGCCACCAAAAUGAAGGAUGUACAAACAUCCACACCAGCAGAACAAGUCUUAGAAAUGGCAUCAGAUGGAGAGCAAAAGAGCCUUGAAGAAUAUGAAAAUAACCAGCCACGGGUGAAAAACCAAAUACAUUCUAGGGAUGACCUUGAUGACAUAAUUCAGUCAUCUCAAAUAGCCUCAGAGGAUGAUGACUCGCUUUGCUCUAAUUGUAAGAAAGUCAUGUUACUCAUUGAUCAACAUGAAAUGAAGUGUAAAGAUUUGCCAUACAGCAAGAAAAAAAAAAGAAGAAAUGUUGAAGAGUUGCACCAAAAAGUUAGGGAAAAGUUAAGAAUAACAGAAGAUCAAUAUAGGAUAGAAGCUGAUGUGACAAAACAAAUUAAACUGGCUCUCAAAUCAGCGGAGGUGGAAUUGAAGACAGGAGGAAAUAAUUCAAAUCAGAUUUCUGAAACUGAUGAAAAAGAAGAAGACCUGCUGCAUGAAAACCGCUUGAUGCAAGAUGAAAUUGCCAGGCUCAGGCUGGAAAUAGACACAAUAAAAAACCAAAACCUGGAAAAGAAAUACUUAAAAGACUUUGAAGUUAUGAAAAGAAAGCAUGAAGACCUUCAAAAGGCUCUAAAACGGAACGGGGAAACAUUAGCAAAAAUGAUAGCCUGUUAUAGUGGACAGCUUGCUGCUCUGACGGAUGAAAACACAACGCUCCGUUCCAAGCUGGAGAAGGAAAGACAGAGCAGGCAAAGACUGGAAACAGAAAUGCAAUCAUACUGUUGUAGACUGAAUGCUGCAUGUGAUCAUGAUCAAAGUCACUCAUCAGAAAGAGACCAAGAGCUUGCUUUCCAGGACACAGUAGAUAAAUGGUGUCAUUUACAGGAAAAUUUGAAUUCUUGUGUUCUGAUUCUUUCUCAGCAACUUUCUAAAGCUGAGAGUAAGUCCAGAGUCCUCGAAACUGAGCUCCAUUACACAAGAGAGGCUCUGAAAGAAAAGGCUUUGGUUUUUGAACACGUGCAAAGUGAGCUAAAGCAAAAACAGAGUCAAAUGAAGGACAUUGAAAAAAUGUACCAAAGUGAAUACAAUACAAUGGAAAAAUGCAUAGAAAAGCAGGAAAGAUUUUGUCAACUAAAAAAACAAAAUAUGUUGCUUCAACAGCAACUGGAUGAUGCUCGCAACCAAGCUGACAAUCAAGAAAAAGCAAUACUUAAUAUUCAAGCCAGAUGUGAUGCUAGAGUACAAAACCUUCAAGCUGAGUGCAGAAAGCGAUGUGUUUUACUAGAAGAAGACAAUAAAAGGUUGGUCAAUGAAUUGAAUCAUUUGAAAGAAAAAGAACGCCAAUAUGAAAAAGAGAAAGCAGAAAGAGAAGAAAGUAUCAAGAAAAAUAAGUAUUUUUCGAACUUCCUGAAGUAAAAUUUUAAGUAAUAUUUGGUUACAGCUGAAUGUUGGAUCUAGUUGAAUAUAAAAAAGGAUACAUAUGAUAAAUAUAUCUGCUAUAUCAGCUUAGAAACAUUCCUUGUUUCCAGCAAGUCAAAGUUAGAACUGAGAGAUGCUUUCCUCUGAUUAAAGUCAAUGUGUCACUUAUAAAAUUUUAAGUUACAAGAUGUUAAUAUAGACUAAUAUUAAUAAUGUAGUCUUAUACUGCGGAAAUAAUAAUUUUAAUGUAUUUAUGUUGCAACAUUUUAAGACCAUGAUAAAUCAGAUAUAUGGAAAUGCUCAUACCUAAAAUGGUAUUUUGAAAUUGAUUCAAUUAAGUGGGGUACUUUGACAGUUAAUUUCAGAUUUCCUAGAUGAACUGAAGUGUAUUCCCUAUUUCAUAAUUACUUUUCUUCAGUAGCUUUAAAUGUCUUAGUUGGUAAAAUUUUGUUUUUCUUCAUGUCAAUUUGACUUAAAUCUGAAACUAUUUCAAUCUCAAAUUAUGUAUAGAUAUGAUCAUUCUAUUCUUUAAAGGCAUCUAAUUUUACUUAUAUUAUAAUAUGUGGAAAAUGCAGUAAAUUUUAGCCAAAUCAUGUUUGAUUUAAUCUUCCCACUGGCAUUUAUAAUUUACUUUCAGUUUUUAAAUAAAAAAUUUGCUCAUACUUUUUAUUUCAAGGCUCAAUUACUAUCAUUUGGAUAUAACUUUGUCCAGGACAAAGAGAGGCAUAGCUAUCUGUGAUUUAUUAGUUUGACACUGGAUCCCCAUUUUCAGACUAAGGAGGAUUUCAGACUAACGAGGAGUGGCAGGAUUCAUGUAGAGUAGGAAUGGAGUGAGUAGGGAGGAGAGAUACAGCAGCUGAGUCAGGGCGGGAGGUGGAGGGCAGGUUACUUAGAGCAUCUAAGGCCACUGGAAUUUUACUUUUCUUCUGAGAUAGACAUCUAUUGGAAGGAUUUAAGCAGAUGAUUUAAUGUGAGGAACUCUGAGGUUGAUUUGAGUUUCUAAUAAAAGAAAAGAGGGAAAUCAUUCCACAAUGUAUAAUUUACUACCAUCAGUCUCACCCGCGUACUCAUUUCUUUUUGAGACUUCAGAAGGUUUUUAAGCAUUGCAGAUUCAUCAGGGGAGGGAUGACUAGUGGGCUGAAUAUGUUGUGUGAAUAACAAUACCAGUUUGGCAGGAAGAUAACACCUUCUGUAUCCUUAGCGGGAUUCAGUAAUACACAGGAAUGUGUACACAUGAGGAAAAGAAGGUGAAUCGG